CCUGUCAGUUCUCAGAAUCCCUCCGUGGUGGCCAUGGCUCUGCCACCCUUCUUCACCCCGGGUCGCCCGGGCCCGCCGCCCCCGCAGCCGCCGGCUCCCGCUCCCUUCGGCUGUCCGCCACCGCCGCUACCCUCUCCGGCUUUCCCACCGCCUCUUCCCCAGCGGCCCGGCCCCUUUCCGGGGGCCUCCGCCCCCUUCCUCCAGCCCCCGCUGGCUCUGCAGCCCCGGGCCCCCGGGGAAGCCUCCCGCGGGGGCGGGGGCGGCGGCGGCGGCUCCUUCUACCAGGUGCCGCCACCGCCGCUGCCUCCCCCGCCGCCUCAGUGCCGGGCCUUCCUAGGGAACGACGCCGGUGAGCGCCCGCGGCCGCCGCCUCCAGGCCCGGGGCCGCCCUGGAGCCCGCGCUGGCCUGAAGCACCGCCGCCGUCCGACGUGCUCGGGGACGCGGCCCUGCAGCGCCUGCGCGACCGGCAGUGGCUAGAGGCGGUGUUCGGAACCCCGCGGCGGGCCGGCUGCCCGGUGUCCCCGCGCGCGCCCGCCGGCCCCAGCCUGGGAGAGGUGCGGGCCCGGUUGCGCGGGUCCCUGCGCCUGGUGCGGCGGCUGCGCGACCUGGGCCAUGCGCUGCGCGAGGCCGAGGGUGACGGCGUGGUCUGGGCACAGCUGCAUGCGGAGGCACAGCCGCUGCGCGCCGAGCUGGCCGAGCGACUUCAGCUCCUGACCCAGGCAGCCUAUGUGGGCGAGGCGCGGCGCAGGCUGGAGAGGGUCCGGCGCCGCCGGCUGCGGCUUCGCGAGAGGGCCUGGGAACGCGAGGCCGAGCGGGAGGUGGAGGCCACGCGGGCAGCGGAGCGCGAGCAGGAGAUUGACCGCUGGAGGGUCAAGUGCGUGCAGGAGGUGGAGGAGAAGAAGCGGGAGCAGGAACUUAAAGCUGCUGCUGAUGGUGUCCUAUCUGAAGUGAGGAAAAAACAAGCAGACACCAAAAGAAUGGUGGACAUUCUUCGGGCCUUGGAGAAAUUGAGGAAACUCAGGAAAGAGGCUGCAGCAAGGAAAGGGGUCUGUCCUCCAGCCUCAGCAGAUGAGACCUUUGAGCAUCACCUUCAGCGACUGAGAAAACUCAUUAAAAAACGCUCUGAAUUAUAUGAAGCUGAAGAGAGAGCCCUCAGAGUUAUGUUGGAAGGAGAACAAGAGGAAGAGAGGAAAAGAGAAUUAGAGAAGAAACAGAGGAAAGAAAAAGAGAAAUUUUUACUACAGAAGCGUGAAAUUGAGUCCAAGUUAUUUGGGGAUCCAGAUGAGUUCCCACUUGCUCACCUCUUGCAGCCUUUCCGGCAGUAUUACCUCCAAGCUGAGCACUCCCUGCCAGCGCUCAUCCAGAUAAGGUAAAUACAGGGAAGAUUGGAAAAUGAAAGAGAUUAGUUGUAUAUUAAAUACUAAGAGUGUUCAGCGGGAGUGCCUGAGUUUAUGACGUCAAAGAAUUUGCUACAGCCAACCAACUUAAUCACUCUAAAACCAUUCAUGUUCCUAUGUCCACGUGACUUUCGUGCAAGGAUGUAUCAAGAAGCUUAGCUGAGAUUAUACCAUCUGUUGUAGCAAUUCACUUCUACAAGUUUUGUCCACAGAGAAGCUAUCCUGGGAAUUACAAGGUAAGUACAAAGUAUGUCUUGUUCCAUUCAAAUAAGAAUAAUAUAUAUAGAAGGAAUGUGAAUGCUGUGAAGUAGUAGCUGUGGUAGAAUUUAGGGACUAGUGAUUACAUUUCCAAGUAUUUCCAGCUAAAUUUUUUUUAAAAAUUGCUUAUAACAAAUAAGCUGGUCCCGCAUAAUUAACUUUUUACUUUUGAGUGCACCAAUCAGUAGAUCCUGACUUGCCACACCUGGCUAUCCAUGAAGAAUUUGUUUCCCUUUGCCUUUUGGAAUAAACUGGGUUUUUCAUAGUCUCUGAAGCAAAGAUUGAAGUCUUUGAGGCAAUUGGUGUUAGAGUGGAUAACUAUGCAGAGCAGUAGACAUUUUCCAACUCCAUUAACUCAUUCUUGCCGGAAUGUGGUUACCAGGAUUUGAACGGUGUUCUUGGGAAAUGAUUUCUAUUUACCAUUUUCCAGGUACAAUGUUAAAUGCUGGAGACAUAAAAAGGGGGCAAACAGACAGGAUUCCUGCCCUCCUGCAGUUAGUCUAGAAUAGAGAAGCUUAAUGAUUAUACAGAUAAUUAAAGUCAGUUAUAAUUGUAAUAAGCACUACAAAGAAAAAGUACGUAGUCACAAAUUUAUAUUUUUCACUGUUCAAAUUUUUUUAAGUGCUUGUUGAGGCUCAGAUAAUUUGCUAAUAAGUACAAGGGCUCUAAUGGUGAGCAAAAUACCAAAUACUCCCUAAUGCAGGUUUUGAGGGAGAGAGAUAUUAAUCCAACAAUCAUAAAAAAUGUGCCAAGUGCUUUGAAGGAGAGCUACGGUUCCAUUAGAUUGAUUUAGGCCCCCCACCCUUUUUUUCCCUCAAACAGUGUUCUGUAAUGCUUUUAGGUGAAAUAAUACAAAAUAUCUAUAUAUCAUAUAGUAAGGGUAAGAAUUAUCAUUCAGUUUAUGUAUGUAUAUGCUAGGUCACAAAGUCAAAUAUAUUUCAUUCUAUGGGGCACAGUAGAAAAAAUUCUUGAAAACCACUGUACUAGUUGGAUUGAUUCAAGUUCGGGGGUCAGGGAAAGCUUUGAGGAAAUGCUGUUUCAGCAGAGCUCUGAAGAAUUAACUAGUGGGAAGAGACAAAGAGGAGCAUAGCAAGUAUCCAGAGCAGCAUACACAAAGGCCCUCUGGGGGGCCAAGAGACCAAGGCAAGUUGAAGGCCAUCAUGGCUAGAGUAAGACAGCAAGUGAAGGAGAAGGGGCCAGACACUGUAAGGCUUUAGAAUCCCUUGUCAGGAGUUUGCUUUUACUCUGAGAGUAGGUGGGAACCACUGGAGGCUUUUAAACAGUGGAAAUGGCUUAGUUUGCUGUUUUGAAAUGAUUAUUUUCAUCCCAGUGUGUGGAACAGAAUCAUAAGGCAUGAGAGGAUACAUGGACAUCAGUUGUCCGAGUGAGAGAUAAUGGGGGCUUGGAUUUCCACGGUAGCAGUGGAGGUAGCAUGAAAUGGCUAGAUUCCAGAGAUUUAGGAGAGAAAACCUGGCAGGGAUUUGAGAUGGGUGGCAGUGAAGGAGAAGAAAGUAUCGGGGAUGAGUCCCAAGCUUGUGUGCCCCUUAGACGUUCCUUGAGACAAAGAAUACUGGAGGAGGAGGAGCAGUUUGGGGGAGGGGAAGAUCAGAGUUCACUUUGGGUAUGUUGAGUUUGAGGCACCCUUGAGACAUCUUGGAGGACAUGCCUGAAGGGCAGUUGUGUUGUGAGUUGGAUCUUAGAAGAGAACUGGAGAAUUUAAUGUGUGAGUAUUAGAUUAUUGAUGCUAUGGGCAAGGAUGAAGUCGUUUUGAGAGGAUAGUGGACACCUUUAAAAAAUAAUACUAGUGUCAUUGUGGGGACUCCAUGUAGACCAAUUACUACAAUCCCCACCUACC